AUGGCUGCUCUCCGAUGCGCCAUCUUCACAUAUCCUUCAACUAUUCUUCCGUCCUACUCCACGGGAAAAAGAGUCUCGUUCAAAGUUAUCCGCUGCUCUUCUCCAGUUUCAAUUCCACUCUCGUUGAAGUCAUCAUCAAAAAGGAAAAACUACCUGCGACCCAAAAUCCUGAGAACCCUAGGUCCCAAGCCCCAAGAUAUCGAAGCGCCGCAAAAAGUUCCUCCAAGAGACGACGUAUUCACCAAAAAGGACGAUGAUGUAGAGGAGCUUACCUCGGUUAUUGCGUCGAACGAGAUGAAUGGUGUGUUAAGUAAGAUCUCUCCAAAGCUAAUAGCCAAGUACGGGUUGUGUUUGGUCGGAAUGUUCGCGUUUCAGACAGUUUGUGCUGUUUUGUUUCUGGGAAACUCUACGGAGAAAACAACGCCGGAAAGUUCAAGUCUUUCGUUGAAUCUAAACGGGGGAAAUGAUAGCGAUGUGGUUUCGUUGGAGGAUAUUGAGAUGAAUGAGAAGAUUGCAGAGAUUAGAAUGAUGGCACGGGAAGCACGUAGAAGCGAGGAAAAGAGUGGUGGUGAUAAAGAAGAAGAGGAUGGAGUAUUGAAUCCUGGUGGAGGGGUUGAGAUUGAGAGGGAGAUAGAAGCAAGGUUGUCUAACAUUGAGAGACGGUUGAAUUCGCAGCGAAAAGGGUUGGCGGGAUUACGAGUAGAGCCUUUAGGUGGAACUAGGAAUGAUGAGAAGAGUUUGAUGUUUGAGAAGAAGUACAAGUUUAAAGCCGAGAAACCUUCCAAGGGUAACGUCAAAGGCUUCGGUGGAAGUAAUGAGCAAAAUGGCAAUGUUAGCGACUCGCGAGAUGGUUUGAGAAAUGCUGAAGAAGAGCCAAAAGAGGCAGGUUCUUCAGAUUCCAAGAUUAUUUCGGGUGCUGCUCAGGGGUCUGAGCAAAGACGACCAUCAAACCAAGUUAUGAAAUCUAGCAGUUCUGAAAACGUUGUGAGCCGGAAACCAACCACGGAAGCUGGUUCUGGAUUUGGUAGGAGUGGCCAACAUGGACAAGUCAGAAAAGGAAACACGAGGAAAAGAGUCAAGGAGAGACAGGAUAAAACGUGGUGGCUUAAGCUUCCCUAUGUGCUGAGAAUUCUUAUGCGGAGUAAUAUCGACCAAGAAGUAUCUGAGGGAUAUUUUACUAUGAGGACCGAAUCAAUGGAACGAAACAAGGGCCAAGUUUCGCACAUGAUUGCAUUUGAGGAUCAAAGUGAUGCAGUAAACUUCUCUUACCUGCUAGAAACAGUUUUUGAAGACUUGGAUGAUUUCAGUGCCAAUGUAGUUCCCAUAUCAACCAAGGAUCUUUAUAACGAAGUGAGUUCUGGUGACAAGAAUGUGAUUGUCGUGAAGAAGAGACAGCUAACGCUGUAUGCUGGACAACCAUUUGAAGAUGUAGAAAGAGCCCUGCAUACUAUGAUCCAAGAACAAUGA